AUGCCCAAAAUAAAAACAUCAAAGAAAAAAUUUCCCAAAGGAUGGGAUAUUGUAGAACCUACUCUAGAGGAAUUCGAUAUAAAGAUGAGAGAAGCUGAAAACGAUUCUCACGAGGGUAAAAGAAAAACAGAAUCGACUUGGCCAAUUUUUAGAAUCCAUCAUCAAAGAUCAAGAUAUAUAUAUGAAUUAUUUUAUAAAAAUAAAGAAAUUUCAAGAGAUUUAUAUGAUUUUUGUUUGAAUGAAGGGUAUGCGGAUAAAAACCUAAUUGCAAAAUGGAAAAAAGCAGGUUUUGAAAGAUUAUGUUGUUUAAAAUGUAUACAGGAUCCAAAUCAUAAAUGUAUUUGUAGAGUACCAAGAGUAGAUUUAGAUAAAGACCAAAUUAUCGAAUGUGUCAGUUGUGGUUGUAAAGGUUGUGCAAGUGGUGAUUAA